CCAGGGGAUAAAAGGCGCCAGGUGAGGGUUUCGCCACUCCUCCUGCCGACCGCAGCUCCUCUGUCCAGAGUCGCUCGCGUCUGCUCGCCUCGCCAUGACCUCGUACAGCUACCGCCAGUCGUCGUCCUCCUCGUCCUUCGGGGGCCUGGGCGGCGGCGCCGUGCGCUUCGGGGCGGGAGGCGCCUUCCGCGCGCCCAGCAUCCACGGGGGCUCCGGCGGCCGCGGCGUGUCCGUGUCCUCCGCCCGCUUCGUGUCCUCGUCCUCCUCCGGGGGCUUCAGCGGCGGCUAUGCGGGCGCUCUGGCCGGGUCCGACGGGCUGCUGGGGGGCAACGAGAAGAUCACCAUGCAGAACCUCAACGACCGCCUGGCCUCCUACCUGGACAAGGUGCGCGCCCUGGAGGAGGCCAACGCCGACCUGGAGGUGAAGAUCCGCGACUGGUACCAGAAGCAGGGUCCCGGGCCCGCCCGCGACUACAGCCACUACUUCAAGACCAUCGAGGACCUGCGGGACAAGAUUCUUGGUGCCACCAUCGAGAACUCCAAGAUUGUUCUGCAGAUCGACAAUGCUCGUCUGGCUGCAGAUGACUUCCGGACCAAGUAUGAGACGGAGCUGAACCUGCGUUUGAGCGUGGAAGCUGACAUCAACGGCCUGCGCAGGGUGCUGGACGAGCUGACUCUGGCCAGGGCCGACCUGGAGAUGCAGAUUGAAGGCCUGAAGGAGGAGCUAGCCUACCUCAAGAAGAACCACGAGGAGGAAAUCAGUGCCCUGCGUGGCCAGGUGGGUGGCCAGGUCAGUGUGGAGGUGGACUCUGCUCCAGGCAUCGACCUAGCCAAGAUUUUGGGUGACAUGAGAAGCCAAUAUGAGGCUAUGGCUGAGAAGUACCAGAAGGAUGCUGAGGCCUGGUUCACCAGCCGGACUGAGGAGCUGAACCAGGAGGUUGCCAGCCACACGGAGCAGCUCCAGGUGAACAAGACGGAGGUCACUGACCUGCGGCGCACCCUCCAGGGUCUGGAGAUUGAGCUGCAGUCACAGUACAGCAUGAAAGCCGCCCUGGAAGGCACAUUGGCGGAAACCGAGGCCCGCUUUGGGGCGCAGCUGGCACACAUCCAGGCACUGAUCGGCAGUAUUGAAGCCCAGCUGAGCGACGUGCGAGCUGACACCGAGCGGCAGAACCAGGAGUACCAGCAGCUCAUGGGCAUCAAGUUGCGGCUGGAGCAGGAGAUCGCCACCUACCGCAGCCUGCUCGAGGGCCAGGAUGCCCGCUACAACGACCUGCCCACCUCCAAGGCCCUCUGAGUAGAGGCAGCCUCCUGGGCUUCCUGACCUCCCGCAGAGGGAUUGAGUUAGGGGCACAGAAGGGGAGGGGAUCCUCACCCCACCUCCUCCCCAGACCUGCCAAUAAAACUUUAUGGUCCAAGGGA